CAUGGCCACCUCGCCGGCUGUGGCGCUUGGUCCGGACCCGCUGGGCUCCCGGGGGUGCAGUUCCCGUGGUCUAGCCUCAGAAAUUGCAUCUCCAGUCUCCCCAAUGACUCCCUUCUCAACCCAGUGGGUACCCAGGUGUCUCCAAGUCUCAGACACUUGGGUGAACAAGAGAAGUUUACUGAGGAAAUGGUAAUUCUCCAGUUGCUCACUGAGGUGUCCCGUGUCCAGUUGCAGCCCAUGGAGAUCCAGUUCAAUUAUGAAUCGCAAGAACACCUGUCAGGUGAGAAGCAAUGUAAUACAGCUAGUGGCUCAGAUGGUGAGACUAAAACCAAGCUUGGAGCGUCACCUUCAAAAGAGGAUGUUUCAGCAAAAAGUGAGCAAUUGAUUGAAGGUUCUGGCAAACCCAAGGAGGAUAUUCUCCAGGAUUCUGACUGCAAAGAAUUCUUUGAAUUUGGGGAAACAUUAAAUGAGAAAGGUCAGAACCUUCUUAAAAGAAGGCAAUAUAGCUGUGAUGAAUGUGGGCAAAGCUUUGCCUGGAGUGCAGGUCUUAUUAGGCAUCAAAGAACCCAUUGGGAGAAACCCUAUGAGUGCGAUGAAUGUGGAAAGGCCUUUCGUGUCAGCUCAGCAUUGGUUCUACAUCAGCGAAUUCAUACUGGGGAGAAGCCUUAUCCUUGCAAUUGGUGUGUGAAGAGUUUCAGUCGGAGCUCAGACCUUAUUAAACACCAGAGAAUCCACACUGGUGAGAAACCUUACAAAUGUGAUGAAUGUGGUAAAGCCUUCAGUCAGAGCUCCGAUCUUAUUAUACACCAGAGAAUCCAUACAGGAGAAAAACCCUAUCAGUGUACUUAUUGUAGUAAAAGUUUUAGCCAGCGUUCAGACAUGGUUAAACAUCAGAGAAUCCAUACUGGAGAGAAGCCUUAUACGUGUAAUCACUGUAAUAAACAUUUUAGUCAGAGUUCUGAUGUUAUAAAACAUCAAAGAAUUCACACUGGUGAGAAACCAUAUAAAUGUGAUGUAUGUGGAAAAGCCUUUAGUCAGAGCUCGGAUCUUAUUUUACAUCAGAGAAUCCACACUGGAGAGAAACCAUAUCCAUGCAGUCAAUGUAGUAAAAGUUUCAGUCAGAACUCAGACCUUAUUAAACAUCGAAGAAUCCACACUGGAGAGAAACCUUAUAAAUGCAGUGAAUGUGGAAAAGCUUUUAAUCAGAGCUCAGUUCUUAUUCUGCAUCAAAGAAUUCACACUGGAGAGAAACCCUACCCAUGUAAUCAGUGUUGCAAAACCUUCAGUAGGCUUUCUGAUCUUAUUAAUCAUCAGCGAAUUCACACCGGAGAGAAGCCUUACCCAUGUGAUGAGUGCAAUAAAAUGUUUAGUCGCAGGUCAGAUCUUGUUAAACAUCAUAGAAUCCAUACAGGUGAGAAGCCCUAUGAAUGUGUUGAGUGUGGGAAAACCUUUAGUCAGAGCUCAAACCUUAUUCUACACCAGAGAAUCCACACUGGAGAAAAACCCUAUCCAUGUAGUGACUGCGCUAAAAGUUUUAGUCGUCGUUCAGACCUUGUUAAACAUCAAAGAGUACACACUGGAGAGAAACCUUAUACAUGUAAUCAGUGUAAUAAAAGUUUUGGUCAAAGCUCAGACCUCACUAAGCAUCAGAGAAUACACUCUGGGGAAAAGCCCUAUCACUGUGAUCGUUGUGAGAAAGCCUUCAGCCAGAGUUCCGACCUCAUUCUUCAUCAGAGAAUCCACACUGGAGAAAAGCCCUAUCCAUGUACACAGUGCAGCAAAAGCUUCAGUCAGAACUCGGACCUUAUCAAACACCGGAGGAUCCACACUGGGGAAAAGCCAUAUCCCUGUAAAGAGUGUGGAAAGGCGUUCAGUCAGUGCUCAGCACUUAUCCUACACCAGAGAAUCCAUACUGGUGAGAAACCAUAUCCAUGUGUUCAGUGCGGCAAAUGCUUCAGUCGACGUUCCGAUCUCAGGAACCAUCGGAGAGUCCACACGCGUGACAAGCCAUAUGGAUGUGACAUGUGUGAAACAGCCUUGAGCACCUGUACAGAUCUCUCUGAACACCAGAGGAUCCACUCUGAAGAGACACUUUUCCAGUGUGUGCAUUGCAGCAGGCGUUUUAGCCAAUUCUCUGAGCUCACUAGUCACGAGAAAGCCCAUUCUGGAGAUGGCGGUAUGAAGGUGCUAGGAGAAUCUCUAACAUACACGCCAAUUUUAUUCAGCACCAGAGAGACCGUACCAGAAAAAAGUGCUCUGAAUGUUGUUGAUUAUGAAAAGGACUGUAAUCAGUGCUCACUUCCUGUAUAACCCUAAAAAGAAAAUCACAAAAGAUUAAGAAAACAUUAAUUCUCAUGAUGUAAUCUAAUUCAGAGUACGGACAGGAUUGCUAAAGAAAAGUUCUAAGGAGAUACGGAGACUCCGGAUUGCAGGGGAAUCUUUUGUUUAGUGGACAUUUUACUCAAUAAUGGGGAAAAUUUUUCUUUGCUAUAAUGUAAGAAAAAUUCUAGUAUUCCUUUUUUUUUUUUUACUUUUUUCACUUCACUUUUUGUUAUUUUUCUCUGUUCUUUGUUUCUUUGAAAAGUUCUAGCCUUUCCAAGAAAAUUGAUGAUAGAAAAUUUCAUCAUUGUACAAAAAUGUGGUAAUUGAACAAAAAUGAUAUUAAUGCAAAACCUUAUCAGAUGAUAGAAAAAUGAAUGUGGGGAGAUAGUCAAUCAGAACUUACAAAAAUUGUAUGAAUGUUAUAAUUUCAAAUCUUUAGUGAGUCCAAAUUAAUUAUUGUACAUCAGAGAAGUUAUGGAGGCAAAUAUAUGGAAAACUUAAAUUUCCUCCACAUCUUGAUUGUUUUUCACUCUGAUAUCACAUUUAGACAGUUCAGUUCAGAUAUCCUAUCUUAUGCUAAUGUUAGUUAUCUAAGUUUCCUGUGUGUAAACAGCAAACCCCCACUUUUUUUUUCUUAAUUAUCUGACUUUUAAUGGACAUGAGAAUGUGAAAGGCCUUGUAAUGAUCACAGCAAAUAUAAUUUGUUUCACUAUCAAUGCAGCCCCUGAACUAGAGUGGUUUGGAACCAUGUCCUCAACACUACCAUUUAAUCAACUGUUGGUAGCUUCUAAACAAAAAGAAUUUCAUAUAUUAAAGCACGAAGAAUCCCCAUUACUGUUUAUUUUACCAUGUGUAGACAGAACAAAAAUUAUAAGCUAAAGUAAUAUAAAUGAACGACUAAUUUGUAUAGCAUAUGCUGUCUGAAAAUUAAAGACAUUCAUUUUUUCAA